UCCAGCUCAGGUCCAGCCGGGCUAACUGGUUCCCCAGGGCCUUCGAGUCGGGGCUUUCUGGAGACCCGGAGACUCCCAAGUGGCCGCACCUGCCUCCAGCCUCUCCGGGCCAGCUCCUUUGCAAACAUUGGGGCCCCUUGCGAGGUGCUCCUGCUCCCCGGGAAGGGCCACUUGAGGUUAAUCAUUCUUUGGGACCCAGGGGAGGGGCUGGCCUGGGUGGGGAGGAAGGAGAGCCAGAGAGCGCUGAGAUUCUGGGACGUCCCCAGACGAUCUCAGCCGUGGAAAUCUCCAAGGUCAAUCCUGUUUCACAUUUGAAGAAACUGAGGCGCGGGGAAGGAAAGAGGCGUGUCCGAUGUCACAUCCAGCGUCCCCGGCAAAGGGCUGAGCAAAGGGUUUGGAGCAGAGGACUCUCGAGGACUCUUGUGGGCUCGGCACGACCACUCGGCCCUUCCGGCCCUCCUGAAGGACGUGGGGAGGGGACUCCCGGAGAGAGCCUCCCAGCCGCCCCCGCGGCGCCUCAGACCUGCUCCGAGAUGGACCCGCGGCGGGACCUGCUGCUGCUGCUGCUGCUGCUGAGCCCCGCGGUGGCCUCCCUCAUCAGGAUCCCCCUGCGCAGGGUCCGCGUGUCUCCCGGCAUCCUCCACAGCCUGAGGGGCUGGAGGCCCCGGGAGGCCCCUCUGCCCACGGAUGGGCCCAUUCUCGUGCCGCUUUCCAACUACUUGAAUGCUCAAUACUUUGGGGAGAUCGGGGUGGGGACGCCGCCCCAGAACUUCUCCGUCAUCUUUGACACCGGCUCCUCCAACCUCUGGGUCCCUUCUCGACGCUGCAGUGUCUUCAGCCUGGGAUGCUGGUUCCAUCGGCGGUACGACUCCAAGGCCUCCAGCUCCUUCCGGCCCAACGGGACCCGCUUCUCCAUCCGCUACGGAACCGGGCGGCUUGACGGUGUCUUGAGCGAGGACAGGCUGACCAUCGGAGGCGUUAGGGGGGUCUCCCUGCUCUUCGGGGAGGCCCUAUGGGAGCCUAGCCUGGCCUUUGCGCUCGCUCACUUCGAUGGGAUCUUCGGCUUGGGCUUCCCAGCUCUGUCGGUGGGCGGAGUGCAGCCUCCGCUGGACGCGCUGAUGGAGCUGGGGCUGCUGGAGAAGCCCGUCUUCUCGGUCUAUCUCAACAGGGACCCCGAGGCAGCCUCAGGGGGAGAAGUGAUUCUGGGAGGCUCGGAUCCAGCUCGCUACACCCCUCCCCUCACUUUCCUGCCCGUCACCCGGCCAGCCUACUGGCAGAUCCAUAUGGAGCGGGUGACUGUGGGCCACUCCCUGCACCUGUGCCCUAACGGCUGCGCUGCUAUUCUGGACACCGGCACGUCACUCAUCACAGGCCCCUCCAAGGAGAUCGGGGAGCUGCACAGACUCAUUGGCGGCUUCCCGCUGCUGGCUGGGGAGUAUCUGAUCCCCUGCGAGCGCCUCCCUGCCCUCCCAGCCAUCUCCUUCCUGCUCGGAGGGGUCUGGUUCAACCUGACCGCCCAGGAUUAUGUCAUCCAGCUGGCCAGCGGCCGCACCCGCCUCUGUCUGUCCGGCUUCUUGGCUCUGGACGUGCCGCCGCCCGCGGGCCCCUUCUGGAUCCUCGGCGACGUCUUCCUAGGGGCCCACGUGGCUGUGUUCGACCGGGGAGCAGCCCGCGUGGGACUGGCCCGGGCUCGGGGAACCCCCCGGGGCCCCUGAGCUGGGAGCUCCCCGCACCCCUUCCGAGUCCCCCGACAGCCCCAGCCCCGCCGAGACCCUUGAGCUGAGCCCCGCGUCCCCGCCCCCGCCCCCGCCCCCCCUUCCGCCAGGAGAUUUCACGGGGGCCGCCUUGGGGCUCCUCUUUGGGUCGGCGCUCGGGGAUCCUCCUCGGCUCCGCGCUGGGGCGUCCCGGGGGAGGGGGUGCAGGCCGGGGCCGCUCCCGGCCUUGGCAACAUCUCGUCCCCUCUUCUGCCUCCCCUCAACUGCCGAAUAAAAAACUGCGAUGUGUCUUUU